CGCGUCUUCGGUUAGUCGGGCUCUCGUUACUCUCAUCUGUCUUUCAGCGCUGUGUACUCGUGCGCGUGUGUGAGUGUGCAGCGCUAAUCGUGUAUGAAUUUCUUGACCACGCUUUGUCAUCGCCUAUUCGACCUCGAACAUACGAGCAAGUCAGCUAUGGGUCACAAGGUCGGAGCGAGUUUGCUGCUUCUCGGAGCUGCUGUUCUUGCUGUCGUUCACGCUCAGGGCAACCAGUGUUACACGCCAACCAGGAGUAUCGGUACCUGCAUCAACGUGAAACUGUGUGCCCCGUUCAUUAGUAUAUUGACAUCGCCAAACCGUCAGCAAUCUGAUAUUCAGCUCUUGAGAGACAGUCAAUGUGGCUACGACGGUUCGAUUCCGAAAGUCUGCUGUCCUGCAAGUGUACCUGACAGGAAUACGCCGCAAGGUCAACCGAGUGGAAACUUCGGACAAGCAAGUAAUUUUGGCCAAGAUGGUAAUUCGGGACAGCCGAUGAACAACUUUGGGGAAGGAAACAGUUUUGGUCAGGGUAACAAUUUUGGACAGCAGGGUAACAACUUUGGUCAAGGUGAUAACAGCCACCUUCUACCUACCGAAUGCGGUUCGGAUUUGUCCAACAGGAUCGUUGGUGGAAAUAUAACUGAAAUUCAUGAAUUUCCUUGGAUGGCCCUCCUCGAAUACAGUAAACCGGAUGGCAGAACAACGUCUUGCGGUGGUGUCAUAAUUAACAAACGAUAUGUACUUACCGCUGCCCACUGCCUGAAAGGCAAAGAUUUGCCAAGAACGUGGAAGUUGGAGUGGGUGCGGCUUGGCGAGUACAACACUGCGACCGAGCGCGACUGCGUGCCCGACGGUGACGAGGGCCAGAAAUGCUCGGAUCCUCCCGUCACCAUAAGGAUCGAAGAGCAAAUUGUCCACGAGGACUACGCGCCGUAUUCGGCUCACCAGCGCUACGACAUCGCUCUGCUUCGCUUGAGUCGAGACAUGCCGUACACCGAUUACAUCAGGCCGAUCUGUUUGCCAGACAACUCGAAUGUCGCCUCAAAAUUGACGGCCGCAGGCUGGGGCAGAACCGAGCUUCGCAGUGGGUCCGACAUCAAGCUCAAGGUCGCUCUGCCUCUCGUUGACUUCCGACAGUGCUCGAGGGUCUAUCGCAACCACCAAGUUAAUCUUGGCGAGGGACAAUUCUGUGCGGGUGGUGAAAAGGGCUUCGACUCGUGCAGAGGUGACUCCGGUGGCCCAAUUAUGAUGCGAGAAAAGGAGGCGAGGCCCAGGUGGAAGGUCGCUGGCAUCGUCUCGUUUGGUCCUGCGAAUUGCGGUAUGGAGGGUUUCCCGGGUGUCUACACCAAAGUCUACGACUUCCUGCCGUGGAUUAUGGCAAAACUCAGAGCUUGAGACUUAUCACUUUAACUUUAGUCUGUAACUGCCUGCUUGGCUAAAUCAAAUUAUACUCCGUCGCUCGUCAAACCGGUUUCUCGAUUUUUAACCCACGGACAAAUUCAACUCGACGCAGAACUUUAUACUUGUGAUAUUUUUUACUUCAUCACUUAGCUAAAUAUAACGUAGCAUGAUACUGUAAUAUUUUAUACGUGCAAAAUCACGGACGUGAAACGUUGUAAAAUUUCCGACGUAUAAUGACUUUGUAAUGACGGCAUGAAAAUAAAAAUCAUUGUUUUUGAUAAUGAAGCACAUA